AACAUAAAAAGGUAAAUAGAAAACUGAACUGCUGGAGCAUGUGCGGUAUUAGAUGGCGCUGUGAACUGCUGGAGCAUGUGCGGUAUUAGAUGGCGCUGUGAACUGCUGGAACAUGUGCGGUAUUAGAUGGCGCUAUGAAAUGCUGGAGCAUGUGCGGUAUUAGAUGGCGCUGUGAACUGCUGGAGCAUGUGCGGUAUUAGAUGGCGCUGUGAAAUGCUGGAGCAUGUGCGGUAUUAGAUGGCGCUGUGAAAUGCUGCGCAGUGUAGGCACGCAUGUGACCGCAAAUCAGGCAGCGACAAUCGGGGUUUUCACGCAAAUUUCCUGAUUGCUUCCAUGCUGUGUGUAAGACUGUGAUAUAAAUGACAAAUAUAUAAAAUGAUAGUUAUUUUUCUAUAUGAUAUAUAUAUCACAUGAUAUAUACCAUCAUAUUGUACAGUCCUACACACAUAUAUCAGUGCUACAACUAUUGUUAAACUGUGGCUAAGAGCUUAGAUGUGCUUAUCAGCAUUAAUCAUUGUACUGUAGCUGAUUAAUUAUAUAAACCUAAUUUCAGUUAAUUGGAAAUUUGUGCAAAUUUUAUAAAUAUGAGUAAAUACCUUUUAAUAUCCAGUAAAGAAUUCAAGAUAGGAAAUAAGUCUUUCUAUCUGGUCAUUUUAUAUAAACCUUAUAUUUAUUGAAUUUACAAAAAAUGUGCUAUAUUUUGACAGGUAUCAUGAUGAGGAUAUGAGAUUUUGGCCAUAUCACAAACCCCUAUAUAUGUGUGUUAUUAAAUAAUAUAAAUUUACAAAGGUUUCUAAGAAUUGACAGGAUUCUACAUCUCUGACACAUAAUCCCUCAUGCAUACUCUGACAUCUCACUGUACUUGUUCUAAAAGACUAGGGGGAUACAUAUGGUUUGGGGAUUGGUCUGCCAUUAAUGUGAUAACUCAAGAAGUAUUAGACGGACAUUUUCAAAUUUUGCAUAUUUAUUGUAUGGGUGAGGAUCUGGAGCAGAUCAAUUUCAGACAAAUGGCACUAAAAUUGAGGCAGUACUACAAAGUGAUAACAAAGUGAAGGCCAGCCUCAAUCACUUGAUCUUGUUAGCAUGAUAACUCAAAAAGUAUUUGAUGGAUCGUUUUCAAACUUUGCACACACAAACUUUGCAACUAGGCUUAGUGUUAUUAAAGGAAAGGGUGACUGCAGAAAACACUGAACCCUGUGAGUAGAGGUUGACAAAUCGAUUGGCCAGAAACAAAAAUUGGCCAAUUUUAAGCAUUUAAUGGCAGUUGGUAUUAGACGAUUAUUCAGACUACAUAGCCGUCAUAGUGAAGUAUGGCUAUGCGUGGCUGCACCUGAUUGACGUCUUUGUUGUAGUGUGGCUUAUCAGCACCUACAGUAGUGAACCUACAUGACAGCCAAAGGUAAGAGUUCUAAAUUCCUCCUGCUUAUAUCAGUUUCACUUGAUGAAUAACAUCGCCAACAAAUAACAAAGCCAAAACGAUGCAGUUUUGAAACAUAUUGUUUUGUUCCUCUUGUAAGAAAUUGAAUUAUAAAAGCCAAAAAAUCUCAAGUUGCUGUUUUUUUGUAAUACUUUUAAAAUGCUGCAUGCUAUUGUUUAAAGUGAUUAAUAUUUAAGCAGUUCAGUGAUUAUAGUUUUUGUUUUUAUUUCUUUUAAACUGCUACAUGCCCUCGUUUAAAUUAUUAUUCUUUUUGUAUGAUAUUAAUGUUAAAUAAAUAUUGAAAGUUAAACAGUUGUGUUACUCAUUUGUUAUUUUUUUCUUUAAAAAAAUCAGCCAUUGGCCCUUCCCACUACAAUAAAAUGUAGGCAUUGGCCCCUGAAAAAUCGACCACUACUUAUGAGCAUGAUCAUUCAAAAAGUAUUUGAUGGAUCUCGUUUGCACUUCACAGAAGAACAUGUCAUGGAUGAAGAUCUACACCUGAUUUUAUUUCGAGACAAGUUGCACCAAAAUUGAAGCAAUGCUAGGUGGCAGCAAAGGAAGGAAAGGGCGACUACAGAAGACACUUGAUCUUGUGAACACAGUAACCAUAACAGUAUUUAAUGGCUCUUUUUCCAACUUCCCAGGAACAUUGUAUAGGUGAUGAUCUGGGGCCUAUUUCAUUUUGAAACAAAUCACUCCAAAAUUGAACCAGUGUCACUUAGUGGUGGCGCAUAAAAGGUCUGAUUAGGUAUGGAUCAGGGUCGAUAACGAUCACGGCUGUCGGAUCGGUGGCCCUCUAGUAGCAGGAGGGAUUAGAUGGGGGGGCAGGGAGUGAUGGGGCCUUCUGGGACAAACAUUUCUGACAGCAUCUAGUUCAGUUACUUCUUUUACCUGUAGGAUUUAUUAUGGUGUUCUUUAGUGGGCCAGCCGCGGAAGCCAGUAGAAGAGACCAUAUGUUGACCAAAAAUGCAGCUAUUAUUAAGAGGGCUAAGAAGUUUGAAAAAUGAAAGAUACCUUUUGUGUAGAUGCUGGAGUGUUAUAUUCUGGGUACCUGACACAUGCUUCUUUCUACAGUAGCACCGAAGGACGGUAGUAAUGAGUGCCAAAGUGGACUUAGAGGUCCCAGCAGCAGCAGGAGAUGCCGCUGUUGCCGACACCUCCAGUGUCCUGCCGUCUGAUGAGGGCUUGGCUGAGAGGUCAUGUUCCCAGACUGCUGCUUCUUUCAUCAUUUCCGCUAACGCUCAUAUUGAACAGAAGGGGGAUGUUUCCCACAGUAUGACUGAGACGGUGAAAGGGGGCGGGGCUGGCAAUCUGGAGCCUUCUGUCCUGCCGCCUCAGGUGGGCGGAGCCUGCAGCAUUGUUCAUGUGCUGGAGUGGAAGGAAGGAGUAGCAAUAUUACCGGGCAGCAACCUGAAGUUCCGAAUGAGCGACACCGGCACCCUUGAAGUGGUGAGUGAUAAGAAGGUGGGCAGUGCUGAACCCUUGGCAGAGGUGGCUGCUGUGAAGGAGGAGCCUGCAGACAAGAGGCCAGCCAGAAAAGCAAUAAAACCUUGUGCCUAUGAACAGAUUUCCCCAUCUCCAGAACACCAGAGCAAAGAUACAAUAGCCCUUGCUCCUAUGAGCAGCUGUGCAGGACAACAGAACCUGUCCAUCAAGGAGGAAUCUGAAGUUCAGGAGCUUUCAGGCCUCUGCGAUGUGGUGGAGAAGAAGAUUUGCCCAGAAGAGUUACGCCGAGAGUUAGGCAGUAACAAAAUUGAGACAGAAGAGAGGAGUUCAAGGAACCAGGUGUCUGUUCUAGACCCAGAGCUGUUGAAGCCAAUGAAAAAGAGGAAGAGAAAAGAAUAUGCAAGUCCAUCAGAAGAAGAGUCUGAGAUGGAGGCUAUGGAGGAGAAAACCGAGGAUCUAAAGUCGUGCAGCUCUGCAGGGGAGAGCCACCCCAGCAGGCCAGGUGUGCACAGGGAGGUGCUGCCAGAGGUUCCCUGGGAACCCCGAGGCCUGGCUGGGACCAAGAAAAAGCUGUGGUUGUGGCCUCAGUUCCUGGAAGACCAGGGGGCCAUCGCUGCCCCGCCCAAGCUCUUCCAAGAGUUCCAAAGGAUUCCACAGUGUAAGAACAACUACCGCCAAGGCAUGAAGUUGGAAGGCAUAGAUCCCCAGCACCCAUCCAUGUAUUUUGUCCUGACUGUGGCUGAGGUUUGUGGCUACAGGAUGCGGCUCCACUUUGAUGGCUAUUCUGAGUGUCACGACUUCUGGGUUAAUGCUAACUGUCCCGACGUCCACCCACCAGGGUGGUGCGAGAGAACGGGGCACAAGCUCUACACACCCAAAGGGUGUAAGGAAGAGGAGUUCUCUUGGAGUAGCUACUUAAAACUGACAAAAGCACAAGCUGCCCCAAAGGAACUGUUUGUGAGCUCUGGCAGAAUGGAGACACCAUGCGGCUUUGAGGUGGGGAUGAAGCUGGAGGCUGUAGACCGGAUGAACCCUUCCCUCAUUUGUGUAGCCACGGUGACGGACGUAGUAGAUAGUCGGUUCCUCGUGCACUUCGAUAACUGGGACGACACCUAUGACUACUGGUGUGAUGCCACCAGCCCAUACAUUCACCCAAUUGGAUGGUGUGAAGAGAGAGGCCUUCCUCUGACACCCCCACAAGAUUACCCAGAUCCCGAUAAGUUCUCUUGGGAGAGGUACCUAGAAGAAACAGGCUCUACAGCGGUUUCACCAGAGGCCUUUAAAGUGCGGCCUCCUCAUGGCUUCCAAGUGCAGAUGAAACUAGAGGCUGUGGACAAGAGAAGCCCAGCUCUCAUCCGUGUAGCAACCGUGGAGGAGGUCGAUACACAUAGGAUUAAGAUUCACUUUGACGGUUGGAGUCACAUGUACGACGAGUGGAUGGAUGCAGACCACCCAGACCUCCACCCAGCUGGCUGGUGCGAGCACACAGGGCACUCCCUGCAGCCACCUCUUCGGGAACCCAGCAUCCAGCCACCCGGUCCCAGGGAACCUCCUGUUUCAGGACAGACAAAUUUUCCUUCUCUGCCCUGCAAAGGAAUAUCUCACUCCAGAAACACCAAGUACAGCUUCCAUCACAGGAAGUGUCCGACCCCGGGCUGCGACGGCUCGGGGCAUGUGACAGGCCGCUUCACAGCACACCACUGUCUCUCCGGUUGCCCGCUGGCUGAGCGCAACCAGGGCCGACUGAAGACCGAGCUGUCUGACACCGAGGGCCUAGGCAGCAAACGGAACCUGCUCAUGUUCGGUCCGCGUAACAAGAAGUCACGCUACCAUGGCAGGAUCGGCCGCCCUCCAAAGUACCGGAAGAGCCAGCAGAGGAGCUAUCAGAGUAUGACUGUAGAGGGGGUGUAUCCGUCCCUGUUCAUGUCAGCGCUUUCAGCCCAUCCAGACCGCACCGUCUCUCUCUGCUGGGAACAGCACUGCAAGCUGUUGCCAGGUGUGGCAGGCAUUCAUGCCAGCAAGGUGGCCACUUGGACUGUGGAGGAGGUCUUUGGCUUUGUUCAUAACUUGACUGGUUGUGAAGAGCAGGCCCGACUCUUCAGGGAUGAGAUGAUUGAUGGGGAGGCUUUCCUGCUGCUGACACAGGCUGACAUAGUCAAGAUAAUGAGCAUCAAGCUUGGCCCUGCUCUCAAGAUCUAUAAUGCCAUCCUUAUGUUUAAGACCACUGACGAAGGCCUCAAGUGAUUUGCCUGUUUUGCGGUGUACCAGUCUAGAAAUCUCUUCAUCUAUGUGUUUGGUGUUCAGUUCAAAAACCAUAAGAGAGACCGCCUGAUGAAUUUUUUAUACUUUAUUUUCAAUGAUGUAGUUACAAUAGAAAAAAAAGCCUAUUGUCCCCAAGAAAUUUAAUGUUGCUGAAGCGGAUAGUUAGACUGAGCCAUUAAUUAUCAACUUCUGAUGUUCCUAGAAGUUUCCAUUCCGCUUGGUGACACACAAAUACACAUGCAUAUAUAAGAACAACAUGAAAGGUAUAUUUUAUUUAAUUGAAACUCCUUUUUUGAAAGAAAGCUAAAUUAUUUGAAAAGUGACAUAAACGUAACACGUUUACAUAAAAGUUUUUUGCAAGUGUAUACCUUGCAUUUAAGAAAACUUGAAGAUUUCAGAUAAUAUAAAUCCCAGUUUGAGGUUUUCAGUGGGACCAAGACUCUCUCUCUAAUGGAUACAAGUUUACAGGCAGUGCCCGGGUUAAGAAAGUCCGACUUACAGACAGCUCGUAUUUAUGAACGGACGGCCAUAAAGUCUGUAACGUGAAAAAUUUUGGUUAAAUGUAAUGGCUCAUAAAAAUGAAUGCACACACUUUGUGACUCUCGUGAAAACGACUGGCUUCAGCGGUUAGUUGGCUCGAGGUACAGAAUAGUACUGUAUUACUUUUAUUACUGCUUUAUUAUUAUUAUUAUUAUUAUGUACUGUAUUAUUAUUUUUCCAAUCUAUCUACAAAUUCCACGUAGAGACAGAUUUAGGGAAUGGAUCUCGUUCAUAACCUGGGAACUGCCUGUACGGUGUUAAGGUGCAGUAAUUACGUCAAGAAGCCCUUCAGCUUCUCACAACUCAGCACAAGUUCAUUUCAAGCUCUUUGGUUUCUCCAGAAUUUUGAUGUGCAUUUAAAUCCAUUCAAUAAAGUGUAAAGCUGUGCAAAAUACAAACAAAUAUUACUUUAUGUACUAGAUUUUCGUUACAAGGUUGAAAUGGAUUUAUUUAUACAGUCUAGUGAAAUUAAGGGAAACUGCUCUAUUACUGUUACUCUAUGAGGCAUUAAAAACAAGUAGCUACUUGACUCAAUAUUCUUUGCCAGGAAGCAUUGGAGGAAUAGAGUAGAAUGUUGGAACUCGAACGCAUCUUAUCUCGACCAACUCGGAUGUCAAACGGUUCUGUUUUUUUGACUUGUACCAUAACCGAAAUCUUGGAACUCGACCAUUCCUGCUAAAACUUG